AUGGAUCAAUUGAAAGUUGUAAAUAAUGAAGUUAUGGAGGACAUCCGACCACGAUGUAACUCAGACUCCAAACUCAUACGACCACCACCCGGAAAAGGUGCGAGGACGAUCGAAAAUAUUGUGGUGCUUCCAGAAAUUUUGGUGGAAGAUUUCUCGGAAAGAAAGCUUCAGGUAAAAGAGAAAUUUGAGACUGGUUCUUUAAAAAUUAAAGAUGAUUUCAGGAGAUGUAGUGAUGUAGGAUUUAAAAAUGAAUUGGAACCGUUUCAGAGACCUCGCGCUAGUACCUGUCCGGAUGAUAUGUUCCGUCCGAUACGGAAACGUCCUUCGACCCCACCCCCACGGGAUAUGGAACACGCUGCCAUUCGAAGGGAUAUGAAAAAUAAACGCAGGUCGGGGGGCAAGUUUUCAUUCGCACCCCACAGUCUUAGUAAAGUGACAGAGGACUCUUUGGAGAGUGCGAAAACAGACGCAUUAAUCGAAGAUAUAGAAACACAAUGUGAUACGACUUUGUGUAGUUCUGGUUUGUGA